AGACCAACCUGCAACCAGAACUCGCUGAGACUGUAGAAAACCCAGGGACUGUACUGACUGUCACAGCCUGAAAACGACUAAGAACGGGCUACUUCUUAGUCCCAGGGUUUUGGUGAGGACUGUGAUGUAAACCUCCUAAGAUGCCUAGCUUUCAACUAACGUAAGAAGUCCUGAGAGCGGGAGCCCUUUUUUGCAGCACCGGCUGCUUCAGCACCGGGUCUCCCAUCCAAGGAGAAACAGGGCAAAAGUCUCUUGAAAACUUGCCCAAUUCUGAGACCAGCUUGAUCCAGCUACUUCUUCCUGCUCUCACCCCACGCCGCCGGGACAGCGCGACUACCACCCUUCCUCUGCAUCUGGGUGGAGGGUAAGAACAGGAGCUGACCAAGACUGCCCCUCCCGACCAGGAGGUGGAGAUCCCACGGGUCCGGCGACUCAACACCCACUUCCCCCUCCCUGUGCCCCUAUAUCACCGGCACCCCCUCCUCCUUCCCUUUUCCCUCCUCCCAGGAGACAGGGGAGGAGAAAAGGGGAUCUCGGGUCGUCAUGACUGAGCUGCAGGCAAAGGAUCCGCGGACUCUCCACACAUCUGGCGCCGCGCCCUCCCCCACCCACGUCGGGUCUCCCUUGCUUGCACGCUUGGACCCGGAUCCCUUCCAGGGAAGUCAGCACUCGGACGCAUCGUCUGUAGUCUCGCCUAUACCGAUCUCCCUGGACCGGCUGCUCUUCUCUCGGUCCUGCCAGGCUCAGGAGCUCCCAGACGAAAAGACACAAAAUCAGCAGUCGCUGUCCGACGUGGAGGGAGCUUUCUCUGGAGUCGAAGCCGCUCGCGCCGAAGGAAGCAGAAAUCCCAGAGCUCCGGAGAAGGACAGCAGACUCUUAGACAGUGUCUUAGACACCCUGUUGGCGCCCUCGGGGCCCGAGCAAAGCCAAACCAGCCCUCCAGCCUGCGAGGCCAUCACUUCUUGGUGUCUCUUUGGGCCAGAGCUUCCAGAAGACCCCCGCAGUGUCCCCGCUACCAAGGGGUUGUUGUCCCCGCUCAUGAGCCGGCCAGAGAGCAAGGCUGGCGACAGCUCCGGGACAGGAGCAGGGCAGAAGGUGCUGCCCAAAGGGCUGUCACCACCCCGGCAGCUGUUGCUCCCGACCUCGGGGAGUGCUCACUGGCCCGGGGCAGGGGUGAAGCCAUCUCAGCAGCCUGCUACGGUGGAGGUGGAGGAGGACGGUGGUCUCGAGACCGAGGGCUCUGCGGGUCCGCUUCUGAAGAGCAAACCUCGAGCACUGGAAGGCAUGUGCAGCGGAGGAGGAGUCACAGCCAACGCGCCCGCGGCGGCCCCAGGAGGCGUCACCUUGGUCCCCAAGGAAGAUUCCCGGUUUUCUGCUCCCAGGGUCUCCUUGGAGCAAGACGCUCCAGUUGCCCCCGGGCGCUCCCCACUGGCCACCACAGUGGUGGAUUUCAUUCACGUGCCCAUUCUGCCUCUGAACCACGCUCUCCUAGCCGCCCGCACCCGGCAGCUGCUGGAGGGGGACAGCUACGACGGCGGGGCUGCAGCGCAGGUCCCUUUUGCUCCACCUCGGGGCUCGCCCUCCGCGCCCUCCCCGCCGGUGCCCUGCGGUGACUUCCCAGACUGCACCUACCCUCCAGAAGGCGACCCUAAAGAGGACGGGUUCCCAGUUUACGGCGAAUUCCAGCCUCCCGGCUUGAAGAUCAAGGAGGAGGAGGAGGGCACGGAGGCUGCUUCCCGCUCGCCGCGCCCCUACCUGUUGGCCGGAGCCAGCGCCGCCACCUUCCCAGACUUCCCGCUGCCGCCGGCGCCGCCGCGAGCGCCACCCUCCAGGCCCGGAGAGGCGGCGGUAGCCGGCGGCCCGGGCAGCGCCGCGGUGUCGCCAGUGUCCUCGUCGGGCUCCGCACUGGAGUGCAUCCUGUACAAAGCGGAGGGCGCGCCGCCCACGCAGGGUUCGUUCGCCCCAUUGCCCUGUAAACCCCCGGCCGCCAGCUCCUGCCUGCUUCCCCGGGACAGCCUGCCCGCCGCUCCGACCUCCUCCGCAGCACCGGCCAUCUACCCGCCGCUCGGCCUCAAUGGGCUCCCUCAGCUGGGUUACCAGGCCGCGGUGCUCAAGGACAGCCUGCCCCAAGUCUACCCGCCCUACCUCAACUACCUGAGGCCAGAUUCAGAAGCCAGCCAGAGCCCACAAUAUGGCUUUGAUUCCUUACCUCAGAAGAUCUGUUUAAUCUGCGGGGAUGAAGCAUCUGGCUGUCACUAUGGUGUGCUUACCUGUGGGAGCUGCAAGGUCUUCUUUAAGAGGGCGAUGGAAGGGCAGCAUAACUAUUUAUGUGCCGGAAGAAAUGAUUGCAUUGUUGAUAAAAUCCGCAGAAAAAACUGUCCAGCAUGUCGUCUGAGAAAGUGCUGUCAGGCUGGCAUGGUCCUUGGAGGUCGUAAGUUUAAGAAGUUCAAUAAAGUCCGAGUUAUGAGAGCCCUCGAUGGUGUUGCUCUCCCCCAGUCAGUGGGCCUUCCUAAUGAGAGCCAGACCCUGGGCCAGAGAAUCACAUUUUCACCAAAUCAAGAGAUUCAACUGGUUCCGCCACUCAUCAACCUGCUCAUGAGCAUUGAACCUGAUGUGGUUUAUGCAGGGCAUGACAACACAAAGCCCGACACUUCCAGCUCUUUGCUGACCAGUCUCAACCAACUAGGCGAGAGGCAGCUGCUUUCAGUAGUCAAAUGGUCUAAGUCUCUGCCAGGUUUCCGGAACUUACACAUCGAUGACCAGAUAACCCUGAUUCAGUACUCCUGGAUGAGCCUGAUGGUGUUUGGCCUGGGGUGGAGGUCGUACAAGCAUGUCAGUGGACAGAUGCUAUAUUUUGCACCUGAUCUAAUCCUGAAUGAGCAGAGGAUGAAGGAGUUGUCAUUCUACUCGCUGUGCCUUACCAUGUGGCAAAUCCCACAGGAGUUUGUCAAGCUCCAGGUGACCCACGAGGAGUUCCUCUGUAUGAAAGUCUUACUUCUUCUUAACACAAUUCCUUUGGAAGGCCUGAGGAGUCAAAGCCAGUUUGAAGAGAUGAGGUCAAGCUAUAUUCGGGAAUUGAUCAAGGCAAUUGGCUUAAGACAGAAAGGGGUGGUCCCCAGUUCACAACGCUUCUAUCAACUUACAAAACUUCUUGACAGCUUGCAUGAUCUUGUGAAACAGCUCCACCUGUACUGCUUGAAUACGUUCAUCCAAUCCCGGGCACUGGCUGUGGAAUUUCCGGAAAUGAUGUCUGAAGUUAUUGCUGCCCAGUUGCCCAAGAUCCUGGCGGGCAUGGUGAAGCCUCUCCUCUUUCACAAAAAGUGAUGACUUUUCUUUGUUUCCUCUGCAAAAAUUGAAUUUUGUGGUGUGUCAUUUUGUCUCAGUCAGGACAGUCAGCUCUGUGUCUUUAUAAUGUCCUUCUGAAAGCCUUACGUGUAUACAUAUCACACUGUAAACUUAGGAGAAAACCAAUGAAAUUUGGAUUUUCCUUUGUGAUGUCUAAGCAGAAUUUUUAAAGUGUUUUGUGCACCCAUAUUUUGAGAGUUUACAUGGUUAAAAAGGACUAAAGUUGAUUGUAUAAGUAAACUAUAUCUCACCCGUGUUAUUU